AUGCCGCCGGGUCUGCAAGGGGCCGAGACAAAUCCGCCCCCGAAGGCGGAGGAAAAGCUGAAAACCGUCGGGGAUGAAUGGAGUGUUCGAGCGGGGCAGGCGCGGGAGCCCGCUCGGCAGGCCCGGCCCUGCUGCGCGGCCGCCCCGCUCCGUGGGCCCGGGGCGCUCCCGGGGAGCCAGGCGCCGCCCGGGGCAGGGCCCGCCGGCGACCCCCGCGCCCCUGGGGCUGCGGCCGCGGGGCCGGAGCGCACGGGACGCCGAGACCGGGCCCGGCCGGGAGGAGGCCGCACGGCGCCGCCCGAACGCGCGCCGCCCCGCAGCUCUGCCCAGCCCCCGCGGCCCGCCCUCAGCGAGUCCCUCUCGCCGCCCGCGCGGCCCCGCCGGGAGGCCGGGGGGACGCGGGGGCCAGCGCCCGGGGAGCAGUACCUGCAGGGCCGCGGCCAGUCGGCUGCGCCUCCAGCUCCCGCCGCCGCUAGCGCUUCUUCCCGCGCGCCGCAGGCCCCGCCUCCGCGUGGGCGGGACUUCCGCGGGACCCGCCUCUUUGUGGGAGGGGCUGUCCGCUCGCCCCGCCCUCCUGUGGGCGGGGUCACUCGGCGCUCCGCCCCUACCCCGGGCUGCGGGUGCUCGGAAUCCCCGCCGACUCCCGCCAAUGCAGUGCUCUUUCACAGCGAGUGUCUGUGA